UCGAAAAAAAAAACCGGUACGCGAAUACCUAGCUCUCGAUACACGGUUUACUCCCCUCCACUGAAAACUCACAGAGCCGCCGUUGGAAGCUACUUUCCGAUGUCAGAAUCAGCUAUGGAGCACGUUCUAGCCACAGCUGAGAAAAAAGUACUGGUGGAGCUGGUGAAACAAGUGCAGAAGCGACGCUUGGAAGGCAAAAACGGAGGAUGGAAGGAGUUUCUAAAUGUUUACGACAAACAGGCAGGAUCUAGCUUGAGUGACCCUUCGAGGCGGUCCAAAGAUGUCCUUGUUUCUUUCCUUACCACACUCGACAAGAAACAAGACUUGCAGCUAUUGGCUACGGUUCUGAAACCCAACUCUCAUCUGGCUGAGGAAUUCAAACAGGAAUCUCCAGAGGAGACUGCUGAGCAGAGGCUAGUUCGAAUGACUAUCACGGAUGAUGAGUACUUUUUAGACUAUUUGUUCCCAUCUAAUGCUGAGGACUGGUUGGUAACGGGGACCGGAAAGAAUAAGUCAGAAGCCAUGAAAUCGACCAAAAUCGAAAUGGUUGCUAUUGAUUGUGAGAUGGUUCAAUGUAUAGAUGGGAGUGAAGCUGUUGUUAGAGUUGCUGCAGUUGACCGUCGUUUAAAGGUGAUUCUUGACGAAUUUGUGAAACCGGAUCAACCAAUUCUUGACUAUAGGACUGAUAUUACUGGACUUACUGCUGAGGAUCUUGAACAUGCUGCUACACUAUCUGUGGUAGAUAUACAGGAAAAAUUGCGGAGGUUUCUAUCUGAGGAUACUAUUUUGAUAGGCCAAAGUUUGAACAAUGAUAUGAAAGUAUUGAAGAUAGAUCAUGCAAGAGUAAUCGAUACUUCACUGGUGUUUAGGUAUACGUAUCCAGGUGCAAGAAAGCCCCGGAGACUUCAAAGACCUUCUUUGAAUUAUCUGUGCAAGUCUAUAUUGGGAUAUGAAGUGCAGAAAGACGGUGUUCCCCACAAUUGUGUUGAUGACGCAGCGGCUGCUAUGAAACUUGUACUUGCUAUAGUAGAGAAAGGAGUAGAAACCUCUAUUCCAGUUACUAAAGAGAUGUUGGAAUCUGAGAAGUCAAGACUCUAUCUUCAUAAAAUUCCUCACAAUGUAACAUCUGAAGAGUUGGAUUCAGCGGGUUUGCCGCAAAAGCAGGUUUUUCUUAAGCCAAGUUCAGGACCUAUAUUAUACUUUAAUGUCCGUAAAAUGGUUGAAGAUGGUUCUGUCGAGGGAAGCACUGCAACAAAGAGAAGCUGCCAAGAGGAGAAGAAUGCGAGUCGUAAGAAACAGAAGAGAGAAUAUGAUUCCGAAGAGACCAGAGAAGUAGAUGUCCACCAUAGUGGAGAAGAAAAGACAGAGGAGAAAACAGAGAAGCUACGCGAGGAUGGUGAUUUACUGAAGGAAAUUGAAGAACUGAAGCAGAAACUCGAAGCGAAGGAUCAGAUAAUAGAUAAACUUAAAAAGCAACUAAGGAAGAAGAAGAAGAAAAGGACAGAGUCCGGAGAGAGCUCUUAUUUCUGUUACCGAGUUAAAGACAAAUUACGCCAAAGCCGUUGCUUCUAUCCCGCUGAGCUGGCAUUGUCGUCCAUAUAUUGUCAAGAAGGUAACGAUAGAUCAGAGGGACCAGACACAUCUCUGAAGAUCCAGCGGUUGUUGUUGUGUACAUAUCUUAAUCAGAAU